CCGCUGAGGAGCCACUGGUUCUGCCGGGUGGGUUGGGCUCCUGACCGACAGACCGCUGUGGAGCGACAGGGCAGCGUGUGCCUCUGCGCUUAGAGAGCCCACUGCUGUCCUGGAAGGCGACAGUGUCUUUCGCAGUGUCAGGGGGCUCCAGAGUGGCCUAGCCUGCUGGGAAAUUUGAUUGGUCGCAGGUUCGAAUCCAGGUCAUGCCACUGCUCAUCAAUGGCAGCAGUGCUCCUGGUACAGAUACAGGUGGGAGAGCUGGGGGUGACCGUACUCUGGCAGGAUGUGCCCCGCUUACAAUGCAGAGAGGGUGCCUCGGAGCUCAUGAUGACAUCACCGAGAAGGUGCCACAGAGCCUGCGAUGUGUAGGAGAACCUGUACAGCAGCUGCAGCCGUGAAGCUCUUCUUAAACCAGUGGAGAUUCCAGUUAAAUAUAGCUUUCAGUUAAAUGAAAAGAAGCAGAAUGGCUGAAGGAACUUAAUCUCUUCAGCCCAGGUAGGAGACAGCAGGGUGAAUGCUUCAUAUCAGCACUGGGAAAAGCUGGAGCAUUGUUAUGGCAUCAGCAGUGAAAGAAGGACCCAUGUAGACAAUAGGAAAUCAAAACCAGGAGUAUCAGGGUCAAGAGGGAGCCGCUCUUAACACAGGGAGUUGUGGGUGUCUGGAACGAGAUGUACAUUCCCUGAGAGCUUGUGUCAGGAAUAGCUUGGGGGAGAUCCUUGACACAUGACAAGGAGCCAAGUGGGCAAGGUGGGAACCAUGGAUUCUGAAUUGAUUCUCAAGAGUUGUGCUGCUGUGCUUCAGCAACAGACCCGUAACAAGGGAAACCCUGGUUCGCCAGGGCCCCUCCCUCUGGCCAAUGGCAAGCUAGAGUUGCGAGGGUGAGUGGGCGGGCUCUGGUGAGGGGCGGAGCCUCGGCAGUUCAGUGGCAGGUCUGGGCUGGCAGACUGACAGACUAGUCACCGAGAGGGACCACAGAGGGCUGCUACGGAGGAGUCCCGCAUGAUCACAUGGACACCGUUCGAUCCCUGCUGAGUGGGCAUUCUAACCCCGCCCCCCAGACCUCUUGCUCUAUAUACCGGCAGAGGCGGUGUGGGCGGGGCCUGGAGGAAGGGGACGGAGAGGAAGGCGGAGACUGCCGGGUGGAGAUGAAGCUCGUCGAAUCGGAGGCUGAGGAGGACUUGGAGCCGGGGCUUACCAGUGACAUCACCGCGCUGGUGCUACGGAAGCCCAGAGACCGGAGACGAGCCGGCUUUUACCUCGCUCUGAUUACACUGCUGAUAUUCACUACAGCAUUCCUAUUGGGCUAUGUCACAUUCCGUGGGUCGUGCUACUCCUGCGAGGAGUCUGAGGGGGAGCUGGUGCCGGUGGAUGACUCCGCUGUCCUGGACUCUUCAUCUGAGGAUGGGGUCCUGUACCUGGGGGAGCUGAGAGAGAUGCUGAGGAAAUACCUGAAGGAGGAGACCAUAGGCAGCACUGUGGGGCACUUCAGCAGGAUGCCUCAUCCUCCGGGGUCCUUGGAGGGGAACAGCCUGGCGACGGAGGUGCUGGAGUUCUUCAGGCAGCUGAAGAUGGAUCACACCUGGACCGACUCCCAUUUCGCCAACCUGCAGUUCCCGUCCAGGUAAUACGGCCCAUGUUAAUGGACUGUAGUGUCCAGUGUGUCUGUAUUAAACCCAUCCACCCUUUUUCAUUUUCCCUCCCUUCUCAUGUCUCCCCCUCCCUCUCUGUAGGGGGGGCUGGUCUAUGUGAACUACGGCCGCAGGGAGGAUUUUGAGCUGGUGCAGUCCCUGGGAGUACCAGCAGAAGGCAAUGUGGUGAUCGUGCGGGUUGGCCAGCUCAGUUUCGCAGAGAAGGUGGCCAACGCCCAGCAGGCUGGAGCGGUGGGGGUCUUGAUUUACCCUGACCCCGCAGAUGUACCCCAGGACCCCCGUAGACUAGGCCUGGACAGCAGUGUGGCAAUCUCAGAGCAUGUGCACAUGGGCACGGGUGACCCCUUCACCCCUGGCUUCCCCUCCUUUAACCACACCCAGUUCCCACCCACCAAGUCCUCGGGCCUGCCCUCAAUACCUGCCCUGCCCAUCAGUGCCAACGUGGCAUCCAAGCUGCUGAGUCAGCUCUCUGGACCUGUGUCUCCACGAGGGUGGCAGGGACGCCUGCCCUAUGUCCGUUACGCUUUGGGACCAGGGCUCAACUCAGGCGAUGGCCGCCAGAUCAGGCUGGGUGUCUACAACAGCAUGAGUGCGAUACUGCUCAACAACAUCUUUAGCUCCAUAGAGGGAUACAGUGAGCCAGAUCAGUACAUCAUUAUUGGUGCCCAGCGAGACUCUUGGGAUCCAGGGGCAGCCAAGUCGGCUGUUGGCACUGCCAUCCUGAUGGAGCUGGCCCGUACAUUCAGCGCCAUGGUCCAGAACGGGUUCCAGCCCAGGAGGAGUCUGCUGUUCGUCAGCUGGGACGCAGGUGACUUUGGCAGUGUUGGCGCCACCGAGUGGCUGGAGGGUUACCUGUCCAUGUUGCACCUGAAGGCAAUCGCCUAUUUCAGUCUGGACCGUGCAGUUCUGGGGGAUGACAAGCUGUCAGUCUACUCCAGCCCCCUGCUGGCCAAACUUGUUGAAGUAGCCAUGAACCAGGUGGAGCACCCCAAGCACGCCGGCCAGACGAUCAACAGCUACACCCAGAGCCAGGGCAGCUCCUGGGGGAGUCCAUUAGUGAAGCCGCUGUUUCUGAACAGUGGGGCCUACAGCUUUACAGCCUUUGCAGGAGUACCGGCCAUGGAGCUACAGUUCACUGAGGAGGCGCGGCCCUACCCCUUCACCAACACACCGCUGGACACGGCGGACCGGCUGCAGGAGUUCCUGCAGGGCCGGCUGCCCGAGGUGGCGCUGGCUGUGGCCGAGCUGGUGGGCCAGAUGGCGCUGCGCCUGGCGCAUGACCACAUCGUGCCGCUGGACUUCCCCUGCUACAGCGAGACCACGCUGCAGUUCAGCGCCCAGCUCAGCAAGUACUCGGCCGAGCUGCAGGAGCGGGGCCUCUCUCCUCACUGGGUGUUCACAGCGCGUGGGGAUUAUAACCGUGCAGCCGAGAAGCUGAGAGAAACCAUUCUGAACAGCGAUGUCCAGGAUGACAAGAUAACACGCCUGUACAACAUGCGGAUCAUGAGGGUGGAGUACUACUUCCUGUUUACCUGCUCCCUCCCCCAACUCGCCACCGGGGCGGCGCUGUUGCACAGCACCCGAAUCGAGCCCACCCAUCCCUGGAGGCUUCUGGCCAGUUCUGUGCACCCCCCUCGGGGGACGCCGGUCCCAGUGGGCUGGUGCUAG